AGAAAGGAUGUGGAGUGGGCUACUGCCUCCUGGCCUAAAUGAAAGUGAUAUUGAGUCCAAUUCUGAAGAUGAAGCCAUACCUGAGAACUCCAAGUUUAAUGUACAAGCAGUUAAGGAGGAUGGGACCAGCAGGAAACCAGAUGCCUCAGAGUUCCCGGAAGAUGGGCCAGAAACUGAGCCCGGGGUCCAGGCAAAUGCCUAUGAAGAGUGCCCUUCUGGAAUUCCUAUAAAUAUGUGGAAUAAAUUUCAAGAACUGCAUAAAAAACAUUCUGAACAGAAAAUUUCAGCCUCAAGAUUCAGAGGGAGAAAAAGAAAGCGCUCCAGAAAAGGUAAGUUGAAGAAUGAAAAAGAAUCUCAUAGUGAACAGUUCUCAAAUGAAGCCCAAUGGAAGGAGCUUACUCAGUAUUUCCGAGCCAAUGAUAGAUUUGAACCUCCUGUGAAAAAGAAAAAGGUUGAAAAGUCAGGUCUUGAAAAGAGGAUAGACCAGGCUGUGGAGGAGUGGGAUGUUGAGAAGGCUGAGGACCUCAGCAACCAGCUACCUACACGAGAGCUUGGUGUAAAAAUUGCCAAAGCAAUUGCCUGCCACAAGUUUGUAGAAGCCAAAAAGGAAGCUGAAAAUUCACAGGCUGCUCGAAAGAAGAAGAAGCUGGCAUGGGGGUUUGAAGCAAAGAAGAGAUGGGAAACCAAAAGCAACACGGGAUAUAUGUAACCUUGCAGAGCUCGAAACACUUAACAGACUCAUGUGCUCACAUUAACAAGACUUGCCUGCUUAAAUGUGUUUGAAAUUGAUAGAUGUAAGAAAUUGAUUGAAAUAGAAAAAAAUGUGCAUAAACUCUUAGGAGUUGAUUAUUAACUGUUGGACUUUUUCUGAGGAGUUUAUUCUUGAAAUGAAUGU